AGGCGGAGAGGCCGCAGAUCAGCGCAGACUUGGAGACACGCGGGGAGGAGAGGCUGAGGCUGCUGAGGUCCGGAGGGGCUGAGGAGGCAGAAGAGGAAGGACGGAGAAGGAGAGGACCAGAAUAGAGACAGACAGACAGACAGGCAGACAGACACCAGCGAAGACACAGGGAGAGAAACGCAGAAGACACAGUGGGCGCACGGAGGGCUGAAGGUCGACUGGCAGGUCUGGCUGGCCCUCGGUGGGCACCCGAGGGUCCCGGCACCUCCCACCCCUGGGAGCCCUGCAGCCAGCCGGGUCCCCUGGUGGACAGCAGCGGGCCAUGGCAGAUUCCUGCAGGAACCUCACUUACGUUCGGGGCUCCGUAGGACCGGCCACCAGCACCCUGAUGUUUGUGGCGGGUGUGGUGGGCAACGGGUUGGCACUGGGCAUCCUAGGGGCCCGGCGACAGUCACGCCCAUCAGCCUUUGCUGUGUUGGUCACGGGACUGGCGGUGACAGACCUGCUGGGCACGAGCUUCCUGAGCCCAGCUGUGUUCGUGGCCUAUGCUCGAAACAGCUCGCUGCUGGGGCUGGCCCAGGGGGGCCCCGCGCUCUGCGACGCCUUUGCCUUCGCCAUGACCUUCUUCGGCCUGGCCUCCACGCUCAUCCUCUUUGCCAUGGCCGUGGAGCGCUGCCUGGCACUCAGCCACCCCUAUCUGUAUGCCCAGCUGGAUGGGCCACGCUGUGCCCGCCUGGCGCUGCCUGCCAUCUACACCUUCUGCACCCUCUUCUGCGCCCUGCCCCUGCUGGGCCUGGGUCAACACCAGCAGUACUGCCCGGGCAGCUGGUGUUUCAUCCGAAUGCGCUCCACAGAGCCUGGUGGCUGUGCCUUCUCACUGGCUUAUGCCAGCCUUGUGGCCCUGCUGGUGACUGCCAUUGUCCUGUGCAAUGGCUCUGUCACCCUCAGCCUCUGCCGCAUGUACCGUCAGCAGAGGCGCCACCAGGGAUCCCUGGUCCCCAGCUCCCGGGCACGCGAAGACGAGGUUGACCACCUGAUUCUGCUGGCCCUCAUGACAGGCAUCAUGGCUGUGUGCUCCCUGCCUCUCACGAUCCGAGGCUUCACCCAGGCCAUCGCGCCGGACAGCAGCGAGAUGGGGGACCUGCUCGCCUUCCGCUUCAACGCCUUCAACCCCAUCCUGGACCCCUGGGUCUUCAUUCUCUUCCGCAAGACCGUCUUCCAGCGACUCCGCCUCUGGCUCUGCUGCCUGUGCUCCCGGCCCGCCCGCGGCGACUCGCAGACCCCGCUCUCCCGGCCCGCCCCAGGGAGAGGGGACCCCCGGGUCCCCGGUGCCGCUGUCCAGGGGAAGGAGGGGAGCUGGGUGCCGCUGUCGGCCUGGGGCGAGGGGCAGGUGGCGCCCGUGCCUCCUGCGCCGCGGUCCAGCGGCAGCACCGUGGGAACGCCGUCCAAAGCCGAGGCCACGGUCGCCUGCUCCCUCUGCUGACAUCGAAGCGGGCCCUGUCAUCGCCUGCCCUCUCUUCCGGGGACAGGAGCCAGAAAACCGAGCUCGGGCCGGGGCGAUGCCGCGGAUGUCAGAACCUUCUGCCCCGAAUCCGGGGCGGGCCAGCUGCUAUUCGUCCUCCUGGAGGCCACCGCUACAGGCUCUGGGAGGAGACCCGGGGACGCAGGCGACGUUUAUCCUGGAGCACACACAAAAAGAACGAUUUUCUCAAAAUAGCCAGCGGCCUAGCUGCCCGAUCUGGCCCCGGCUCCCCAUCCAUCUCACUGUGUAAAUAUUUAGGAGGUGGAAGCGUUCCCAGCGGCUUCCGUGCACUCGGGUCUGCUGGGUUAGGCUCCCACUCCCAGGCUCAUCCAUUAAGGGGGCCCUGGCUGCCCACUCCAGACCCCAGGGGACGGCCUGCCCUCUCCUAAGCCACUCUAAGAGCCACUCCCUCUCUGCCCCUGGGAGCCAGGGAUUCUCGGAAACCUUCCCAUCCCCCACUAGAUUUGGGGGCCCAGAACCCCAAGGGUAGGUGGGAAGAAGGCAAGGUGGUGGAGACAUUGCUGGACUUGAGCCAGGUACAGAAAGGAUCUGAGGAACUCUGCGCAGCUUAGGUGGCCUGUGCCAAGUGAACUCAGGGGGAGGUUGGCCCAGAGAAAGAUGGAGAAGCUGGUGGCUGAAGGAGUGGGAGCUGGGGAUCCCAGAAGCCUGGUGAGAAUUCAGACCCACGUCCUGCGCCUGUCCCCCAUUUCUCAGCCAUGAACAAACAGCUGCCACCUUACAGAGCCGGACCUCAUCUGUCCGUCCUUGGAACCCUCACAAAGAUCCCCUGCAUUCAUUCAUUCAGCAAACACUCAGUUGGUGCUGCUCUGCAUGGUGUAGGGGCAUAGACACGUCUCUGUCCUGCCCUGGGCUCUGCCGGGGUGACUGCCAGACGUCUUCACCUUCUCGUGGCCAUUCCUUGGCCCCCAGAGAGGCCAGAAAUCCAGGGUGCUGGGGAGUGAGCGCGAAAGGAAGUGAGUUGGCAAGUGGAGUGGGGGAGGGUGAACGGGAAGCUUCCUACCCCCACCCCCACCCUGCCAACCCCUGUUCCCCUUUCUCUCUCACCCCUGGCUGAAAGAGCAAACCUGCACCUGGGGAAGGGUGCAGAGAAGCAUGUCCUUCUAUGAAGAUAGCAGUAGCCAAGAUGGAGUGAAUGUCCCCUCCACACCAGACGCACCUCUCCCUCCAGCCACCCAAUAGCCUGUUAGCAGAGCCUUGCUAGAGAGGCUGCAAUUGAGGCUCAGAGUGGGUAACCACCUUCUGUAGGGUUACACAGCAAGGAGAAAGUAAAGCUGGUCUGUAGAGUAGCCUGCUUGUCCACCCCCAGGGCCCAGCUUGCUGGCUGGGGCCACAGCUUCCCUUGGUUCCCUUUCAAUCACAAUCUGGAACUUAGUUUAUAGGGUUGCUCCAAAGAAGGAUUCUCUCUGAAAGCCACUGGGCACAGGGAAUAGAGUAUGCAGCGGGCAUUACUAUCAUUGCCGUGGCUGCUGUCCCCAGGCAAAUGUGACCUGAAGACGAAGCAGGGCUUGUGCCAUGGCUCUAACAUUUAUUUAUUUAUUAAUUUUUUCAGUUACUGUGCUUCAAAUCACAUUCGGGAAGAACAGGGAGUAUCUGGGAGAAGUUAAAAAAUGGACUGAGCCACCUGUAAUCCCAGUGGCUCGGGAAGCUGAGGCAGGAGGAUGGCAGGUUCAAAGCCAGCCUCAGCAACUUAGCAGAGGCUAUAAGCACCCUAGUGGGAUGCUGUCCCAAAAUGAAAAAAAUAAAAAUAAAAAGGGCUGGGGACGUGGCUCAGUGGUUAAGAGCCCCAAGGUUCAAUCCCUGGUACCAAAGCAAAACCAAAAACCAACCAACAAAAAGUAUGGAUAGAGGGGACCAGUGAAUGGGUCUGGGGUUUCCUCUUGGUGUGAUGAAAGUUCUGGAACUAGAGAGUGGUGACCUUGCCGACAGUGUGAAUGUACCACAUAUCACUGAACUGGUGACUGGAGAUGUGUUGCAGAUGGCUGAAUUUAUUAACUUUUAUGUUAUGGGUACUGACCACAAUAAAAAAACAAUGUAAUACUGAAGGAAAAAAAUGUAUUUGUCCAACAGUCUUGGCCAAGUACUGGUAUAUUGGGUGAAAUGAAUUAUAAAGGAUUCAUUUGUAAAAUCACACAAAAUAUGGCUCAGAAAAUAUCAGAAUGGGUCUUCCUUUGUCACCAAACCUGGCCUGGCCUAAGCAGGGGUCAGCAAGUGACAUGCCAAAGCACUCCCAGAGCACAGUGAAGCAGGGAUGGGGGGCAGCUGAACUCCUUUGUGUUACCCCAAAGGUGGGCUAGUCCCCUUCUGAGCAGGACCCAGCAUUUGAUCUAUCAUUCCCAUCUGGGCCCAAGGCCCCAUGGUUUACUUCAGAACCCCAAUUCCUGUCCCGGAUGUUACACUGUGCGUCAGGCCAGCGGUUUUGAUGACUUCUACCUGUCCUCCCACAGCCCACAGGAGCUUGCUGUUUGGAGGCCACAGCCCGAUACCACCCACUGCUGAGGUUUCUCCAAAAGGCCAUGACCUUUCAGACCGCCUUAUCUAACUCCUUCUCCUGGAACAACUGUUGCUUUAUUUCCCCUUUUUAUUUUUUGGGUACCAAAGUCCUGGGGAUUGAACCCACUGAGCUGCUUCUCCAGUCCCUUUUGCAUUUUAUUUUGAGGCAGGGUCUUGCUGAG